CCGCCUCCCGGCCGGCCACCGCGCCCGCCCGCAGCCGGCCCCGCGCCGCCACCGGGAUCCGGCCGAGCGCAGCCGCCGCGCCCGCGCCUAGCGGAUCGGAGCCGCGCGCCCGCCGCGCUCCACCCGCGCGGGUGGCCCGAGGCAGCCAGGAUGACAGCUGUCCCCAGGAACCCUGCUAUCUGCUGAAAAACAUGAUUAGCAAGUCCCGCUGGAAGCUCCUGGCCAUGCUGGCUCUGGUCCUGGGCGUCAUGGCGUGGUACUCCAUCUCCUGGGAAGACAGGUACUUCCAGCCCUUUUACUUUCCCGUCCCGGAGAAGAAGGCGCUGUGCCUGCAGGGCGAGACGGAGCCCAAGGUCUCCCAGCUCUUCGGCAAACUCAGUCCCUGGCAUGAAGAAGCUCUUUCUCCUCCCCGCCCGCUUUCAUCUCUGUGCAGUUCCUCCCGAGAUCAGCCCUUCUUCCUGCAGCUAAAGGACUAUUUCUGGGUCAACACCCCCUCGGCCUACGAGCUCCCCUUCGGGACCAAGGGAAGUGAGAACCAUCUAGUGCGGGUUCUGGCCAUCACCAGCUACUCCAUCCCCGAGAGCAUCCGGAGCCUCAAGUGCCGUCGCUGUGUGGUGGUGGGCAACGGACCACGGCUCCGCAACAGCUCCCUGGGCGGCGCCAUCAACAAGUACGACGUGGUCAUCAGGCUGAACAAUGCCCCGGUGGCCGGCUACGAGGGAGACGUGGGCAACAAAACCACCAUGCGUCUCUUCUACCCCGAGUCGGCCCACUUCGACCCGCAGGUGGAGAACAACCCCGACACGCUCUUCGUGCUGGUGGCCUUCAAGGCGCUGGACUUCCACUGGAUCGAGACCAUCUUGAGAGAUAAGAAGCGGGUGGGCAAGGGCUUCUGGAAACAGCCCCCCCUCAUCUGGAAAGUGAACCCCGAGCAGAUUCGGAUCCUCAACCCCUUCUUCAUGGAAGUCGCAGCCGAGAAACUGCUCAACCUCCCGGUGCAGCAACCACGGAGGCUAAAGCAGAAGCCCACCACGGGCCUGCUGGCCAUCACCUUGGCCCUCCACCUGUGCGACCAGGUGCACAUCGCUGGCUUCGGCUACCCCGACGCCUUCCACAAGAGACAGUCCAUCCACUACUACGAGCAGAUCACGCUCAAGUCCAUGGCAGGGUCCGGCCACAACGUCUCCCAGGAGGCCGUGGCCAUCAAGCGGAUGCUGGAAAUGGGAGCGGUCAAGAACCUCACGUCCUUCUGAGCGGCCGGAGCCAGACUCACUCCACUCCCUCUGCUGCCUGAGCCCCCCCACCUGUAGCUGUGGGGGUACCUGGUGCCAUCCUGACCUGCUCCCCCUCCCCGGCCUCCCUGUGGGGAAGGAGUCCCAGGCCGGGCCAGCUCUGGCCUGGGCGGAGGCGCCGGGGCCGAGGGUCAGGGCACAGGGCCAGAGGCGCGGCCUCCGCUCUCCCGUAGCGGGAGAUUAUUUAACAGGCUAUUUAAUUCAGGGUAGGGUGUGCUGUGGGCUGGCCCGCGGCACCCGGGAAAGGAAGUGCAAACAGUGUUCUGCCCACUUUUUAUAGAAACCUACCGGAGUGGGGCCCACGAAGGCCUCCCAGGAGAGAGCGGUUUGUCCGGAUAUAUAUGGGUGCCCUCCCAAGGGGCCGGUACUUCCCAACAGGCUUGGGGACGGCCCUGGUGUGCGGGUUCUGGGAGGAGGAGCACCUCAUCUAGAGAAGAGAUGGCAAAGUUAUCAUUAAACUA